AUGGCGGCUCAUCCCCUCCUCUCGUCCGCCGCGCUUGUUUGUUGGCGUCUUCGUCUUCCCCCUGUAGCUGCAGGGGAAGGGAACCGCGUUCCCCGGCUGUGCGUGGCGUCAGCACGCCCAGCUGCUCGAGGCGGGAGGGUGAGGUCCCUGAGCGUGAGGUGCGAGCAGGGAGCCAAGGGCGGCGGCGGCGGGCUGGACGUGUGGCUGAGCCGCGGCGCGAUGCUGGGCUUCGUCGGGGCGGUCACUGUGGAGCUGACCACUGGCAAAGGCGUGCUUCAGAAUUUGGGAUUGACCGCGCCGCUGCCGACGCUGGUGCUGGCGUUCACCGCCGUGGUCGGCGUCCUCACGGCUUUCCUCAUCUUCCAAUCCGGAACGCGGGACUGA